GGCGCUUCCUUCCGGGCGCUGUGGCGCUGCCGGCAGCGAUGGAUCGCGGUGCGGCGGGGCCGCUGCCCCUCGGCCGCCUGGCCGAGCCGCUGCUCCGCAGGCUCAGCGAGCUGCUGGACCGGGCGGCGCCCGGCAAGGGCUGGCGGGAGCUGGCGCAGCGAGCGGGGAGCCGAGGCACGGUGCGGCUGAGCCCUUUGGAUUUGGAGCAGUGUUCCCUCCAAGUGCUGGAGCCAGAAGGCAGUCCCAGCUGGAGUCUCCUGAAGCUGCUGGGAGAUCGUGGGUGCACUGUGGUGGAGCUGGUGGAGUCCUUGCAGGCCCUGGAGCACACAGAGGCUCUCCAGUGUCUCGGCCAUGCAGGUAUAAAGAUUGUUGUACAGCCAGACUCUCAAGCAGUGCUCUCUGGUCAGGUGGUCAAGCUGUGUUGCUGGGCAACAGGACACCCAUUUGUGCACUACCAGUGGUUCAAGCAGGAAAAAGAGGUUCCCCAUGGUGAUUCUCCAGAGCUGGUUUUGAAUCCAGUGAGUGUAAAGGAUUCUGGCUUUUACAUCUGUCGAGUGAACAGUGACUGUUCCUUCGUGUUCAGUCGGUGGGCACGCCUGGAGGUCUGUGAGCUCCAGGGUGCAUCUCAUGGGAACGUGGUGGGUUUGCCUCAAAACAAAUUGUGCAUUUGUGUUCAGCCUCAGCCACAAAACCUGACAGUGGGGGAUGCUUUGGUACUAGAAUGUGGAGCUGUUGGAAACCCAAUUCCUCAUUACCAGUGGUUCAGAAAUGGAUUUCCCUUGGCAAAUGGGAGCAAAAACGUCUACACAGUAACUUCUGUGGACGUGGAACAUCAGGGGACAUACUGGUGUCACGUAUUCAACGACCACGAGGAUGAAGACAGCGAGAAGGUAGAAGUCAUUAUAGGAAGGAAAGCAAUGGCAGUGGAGUGCACAGAAGAAGAUUUUAAUGAUCUUCAAGAAUCAGCAGACCCACAAGAACUGUCGAGUCACAGACCUGUUGCCACAGACAAGGUGGCUCUGUUAAUAGGAAACAUGAGCUACUGGAAUCAUCCCCAGCUCAAGGCUCCCAUGGUAGAUGUCUAUGAAUUGACCAGUUUGCUAAGGCAGCUGGAUUUCAAAGUCGUUUCUUUACUGGACCUUACUGAAUCUGAGAUGCGAAACGCGGUGGAUGAAUUUUUACUUCUCCUGGACAAAGGAGUAUAUGGUCUGCUGUACUACGCCGGUCACGGCUACGAAAACUACGGCAACAGUUUCAUGGUCCCCGUGGACGCUCCCAGUCCCUACCGGUCAGCAAACUGCCUGUGCGUGCAGGACGUCCUGCGGCGCAUGCAGCUGAAGGAGACGGGGCUCAACGUGUUCCUGCUGGACAUGUGUCGGAAAAGAAAUGAAUAUGAUGACACAGUUCUUAUCUUGGAUGCUCUGAAGGUUACAGCCAAUAUUGUUUUUGGAUAUGCAACGUGCCAAGGAGCAGAAGCUUUUGAAAUUCAGCAGUCGGGGUUGGCCAAUGGCAUCUUCAUGAAGUUCCUGAAGGAGCGUUUGUUAGAAGACAAGAAGAUCACUGUUCUGCUUGAUGAGGUUGCAGAAGAUAUGGGCAAGUGUCCCCUGACCAAGGGCAGGCAAGCCCUGGAGAUCCGCAGCAGCUUGUCGGAGAGGAGGGCGCUGACAGACCCCGUGCAGCAGAGCACAGCCUCGGCAGAGUCGCUGGCACGGAACCUGCAGUGGGCCAAGGCUCAUGAGCUUCCAGAAAGCAGGUACCUUGAUUUUAAAUGUGGUGUCCAGAUCCAGCUGGGGUUUGCAGCCGAGUUCUCCAACGUCAUGCUAAUCUACACGAGGAUGGUGCAGAAACCCCCCGGAAUGGCCCUUUGCAGAGCCCACGUCACAGACUUCGCUCUCGACCUGGAUGUGGAUCCUAAAUUGGCUAAUAAAGGAACUCCUGAGGAAACUGGAAGCUAUUUAGUAUCAAAGGACCUUCCCAAACACUGCCUCUACACCAGGCUGAGUUCACUGCAAAAACUAAGGGAACACUUGAUCUUCACUGUUUGCUUGCACUAUGAGUAUUCAGGAAUAGAAGAUACAAUGGAUGAAAGAAAGGAAGUUAAUGUUGGGAAGCCCCUUAUUGCUAAAUUAGGCCUUCAUCAUGGAUUCAAAACCAAUAACUGUCCUCAUACCUGUUGCAUGGCUGGUUAUCCUUUUCAUAAUUCAAUGGAAUCGAGUCUUAGAGAGGCAGCUGAAUACUACAUCUCCAGUCACUGCCAACCAAAUUCCUGUCCAGGUGUUUACCAUCCAAACUGUACUUGCUCAGCCAGCAUCACACAAUCAGAGGCGUGUUCCUGCAAUGGGCCUCCCAGGAUAUUGGCUUCAAGACAUGAAGUAUGGAAUUACUCACCCACUGUGGAAAAGAGUAAUGUACCAGUAGAGACCACUGAUGAUACUGUUGAACUGGAAUUCCUUCUCUCUGACAGCCUCAGCUUCUCUGAACAGCAGUAGCUGGGAUGUGUUUGGAACAGACCUCCACAGAGCUCUGCAGGAUGCCUCCUGAGUAAAAAUAACCUGUUAUCCUGAGAGUCCUGCAACUGCCUCUUUGGCUCCAGAAGAGCAUCUGCCCCGUGGAACUCUCCACUAGGAGAUUUCAGGGCUGCUGUUGCUGUCUCUGUAGUUACAGCUUUGGUUCAUGCACCAGCUACUUCUCCUCAUUCUGUCAGCUAAUUAGGAGCUUUGGCAGCUCCCAUACAUUAAGUUUCUGGGCCAUGUUCACCUUGACAUAAAUUCCUGACUGCUGCAGGGAUGAUGGUUUCAGUAUUACUCCUGCCUUGCACAGAAUUUUAAUUCAGGCGGAGUAAGAUCCGCUCGCGUUUUAGAGUGUGGCAUUUUGAGCACCAGGGUGUUUGCUGUGGACUGGAGACAGUUUAAAGUGUCAGGUGUGGGGGAGGACAGGUUGGCAAUUUGAGGGAGUUGGGUUUAUUUUUUUUAAAAAAAGAUUGAUCACCCUCUUAGUUUAAUAAUUGCAGCGGUCUAGGAAUGCAGUGAGGACCCCUCCAUGUUGUGGAAAUUAGGCAGUUAUUAAUUGCUAGGGUACCAUUGCAGCAAUUUAGUCAUUCCAGGUUUAUUUUAAGAGCUAAUGAGAAAAAAUGUGCUCUGCCAUCCUUGUUGGCAUGCAGUGAGCACGAGCCCAGGAUCCCUGUGGGUGUGUGUUACCACAGCAACCAGCCUCCACACCCACAUCUGCAGCGGAUGCGGGGGAAGCGGCCAGGACCUUCCAUGUGCCCUUCCCACAGCCCCUGCUGGCACCUGCCUGUGUGCUUCCGAGUCACUGCAACGGGGAUGGAAAGCCUUCAACCUGUCAUGCAAAUGACUUCACAUAAGAUCAAGCAGCUCUCAGAUGCUUCCCGGGCUCUCUGAUGACUUAACGUGAUGGUUAUGAUUUAUUUCACCUCUCUAUACAUGAGCUAGUUCUGCUUCCCGAGGCAGCUUCCUGCCACCCUGUCAGAGAGGGAUGCUGAGCGUGCAUGGCAGGACAGCACCAGUGGUCCUGUGGAGGUGGGUGCUUCUCCUGUGGGUUACCAGCAGGCAGCCUGGAGUCCUGGAGCAGCCUCUGUCACAACGCGCUCAGAUUAUUCCCCUCUAAAUGGGCAGUUUGUUGGUGCUGUAGGUGUCUAAAGUGGUCCCAGGAUUCUUCCUUGUUCACAUCCUGUCUGUGCCUGUCAGCUCUUUCCCUCUCCUUUCCCUUCUGCUGAGUGCCAGUAGUAUCUGUGGUACCUGCCUCUCAGGACCAGCUGAGGAUUGGUCCAGCAGUUUUUGAGAACUGCUUUGAAAUACUGGGAAUGUACCAAAUCUGAUAUCUUUUUUUGUCUGUAGGAAGCAUAACAAUCUUUUAAGAAAGUACAGUUGCUAUAAAACAUUUUUGUUUUAUUUUGUGUAUUUUGUUUAUUUUGCAGAUUCUCAAAGCUUUGUAGGUUUUGUUUUGUGCCUGCCUUAGGGAUGUGCAGAGUCUGCUGCACUCUGGUUGCAGCUGCAAAGAGAACACUUUGUUUGAAACAACCCUUAGAUUAUCAGUUCUGAUUUUAGUGGAAAUAGUGGGUUCAUUUUAAUCAGAAAACAGCUGUGUUUGAUGCCAAGCCAUUUCCCUGUGCUGGCAGGUAGAGAACUGCAGCUGUUUGCACACUCACUGUAUUCCAGCACAUAAAUCAGAGGUGGGACUCGUUCACUUUGCAGAGUUGUAUACAUUGAAAACUCCUUUUCAUCUCAUGCACACUUACCAUACAGUUUGCCUGCCUAUUCUAGGUGAUGACUUUUGAAUGAGAUUAAUGAUGUCUUAGAAGAAGUGUCAUUGUUAGACACACAGACUCCUGGGACACUGUCCAGGGGGCAGACAUCCUGUAAGUCUCCCCUGUGGUUUUAAAUAUACUUACUCUGGAUGAAUUCUCCAUGUCACCUUGUUCAUUCCUGUCUCAUGUAAGGGUAAACCCAAACACAAAGAUUUCCUACUGAACAGACUAAUGAAAGCAGCUUCUCAAAUUGGCAGAUGGUGGCUCUGUAAGAAAACAUGUUUUCUUGCCUUGCCCCUCAGUUCAUUCCCAGACUGAGCAAAGAGAGCUCGGUAGUAGCAUCUGUUGAUGGAAUAGUUCCUGUUAAACUCCAUCUGCCUGCCAGCUCUAAGAUGUUCCAACCAUGGUGUGUAUAUAAGGUACAAAAGGUAUAAUUAGAAUUCUGCUGUAUCAAAAACUGGAGUGGGUUUAAUUAUGUAAGAUGGACAUUUUUGGACAGCUCUAAGUACUAAAAAAUACCAUGAGUGGCGAGAUGGUGCUCAGCAGUUGCCUUUGCAGCCUGCGUUAUUAUUUGCAUGCAGCGCAAGAUGUAGAUUUUUGCCUGAUCUGAAGCUGAGCCAGUUCUUGCACGGUGGGUGUGUGGGAGCAUAACUUCUGAGGCAGAGGUUUCAGAGCUGAAGGGAGAAAGAGAAGAGAUCCCCCAGGGCUGGAAGGGUGGCUGAGCUGCCCCAGCCAGUGUGAGCAGCUGGCCAUGAAGCACAGCCUCACGGGGGAGCGGGUGCAGGCAGCCCCAGCACUGCCCCCAGUGACAGCAGCAGGUGCCCUGCCAGUGGCUAAUGGUGGCCACACGCUCAGUUUAUGGGGUAACAAGGUUGCUGAGUAUCUUUAACACUUUUGUAGGGUAGUAGAGCGCUCGCUGGGCAAGGGGGAGAAGCAGCUUCCCUCUCUCUCACCAUGCUAACAUGGGCAAAGUCAUGUCAGGCGGAGGGUGCAGAAGUGGGUAAUGCCAAAGCCCAGAGCUGAUUUAGUUAACUGGUAAGGACUGGAGAUUCACCUUGAGUUAGAGGACUGCCUGCAGCAGACCAGCAGACCUUGGGAUCAGGUUGGCAGUGGAGGGAAGCAGCCAACAAGCUGUUGUUUAAGCUGCAGCUGAUAGUGAGCUCAGUUGUUAUUAAAUCCUGUUUGGUGGAAGAAUCACUGUAGAGGCAGCAGUAUUUGCAAUUUGAAAGAAAUGGCAAUGAUGAUAAUAGCCCCAGUCUGUCCCAGGGAAGGACCAAAAACCAGGUCAUGCCAGCACCAACCUCAGCUGGGGGCAUCUCUUGCUGAUCACUGUGUGUUUAGGGGUUUGUUCAGUAGAGACUUUUAUGGCAGCAGAGAGGGAAGUUUGCAACACGGGAAGUAGUGUUGUUACACAAACUAAAUGGAAUUUGUAUAAUCCUGACUCAUCUUCGGUAGGUGGGGAUGAAUCAGAUGUCCUUCCUCCAGCAGGAGAUGCCAAGGACCAGCAUGGAAAGUCUGAGUGCUUGAAAGCCUCCCAGGCCACAAACCAGCAAGGUGCCUUGAUUUUAACUUUGCUUCCAUUGUAGGAAGAUCAUCACGGGCAGCUUGGAAUCAGCAGCCACUGCCAGGCCCCGUUGCUGCUGCCACCCUUGUCCAUGAGGACAGUGUUUCCCAAGGUAAAGAGAGGAAAGAUAGCAGAAAAAUAGCUCUUGCUGGAAACAAUGCUGCAUUUAAUUGAGCUUCUUCCCGCUGCAGAGGUUUCUUAAUUGGCUGCCAGCAGCUUUCACUACGUUCCUCUGACUUGCUCAGAGUCCAGCUCUGCAUGUUUUGGAUUCCCCUUUAUCCUUAUUUUAGUAGGUGAUUAUUCCAUUUUAUGGGUGGGCUGUGGGAAGGCAGAAGUCCGAGCACAGCUGCUGCUGGUCCGGAGUGCCUGGGUGUCUGUUCCUGCAGUGCCUGGGUGUCUGUUCCUGCAGUGGGGCAGCAGCCCUCGUGUCACAUGGCAUCUCCUCCAGUGCCCAGCUCCCCAGGGACCAGCCGGAACCCCUGUUCAGGUUCAGCACUCUCCUUUUGCUGUGUAAAUGCAGGUGAACACACAGCCAGAGGAGCUGUUGAUGGCACCAUCUGCAAAAGCCUAAUGGCUCAUUCAUUAAGCAGUGGGAGCCGGCACUGCCACAGUCUAAUCAGAUACUGUAUGAUGAAUAAUUCAGAAAUAAUCCUCCUAUACUUGAAUAAGUAUCAGGAGAAGGAAGGAAAAAGGCCCAUACAUAUGGCACACUAAGAGAACAAAACAGGCAUUCUUCAGUGUCCCAGGCUGCUGAGCGCUGUGGUACGGGAUGUUAAUGUGCAGGUGGCUGAUGCCUGGGAGGAGCUGACUGGGGGCUGCUGGCCCAGCUCUCGGAAGGUGCUGGUGAGCGGAAGAGACCGCAGUGCUCAUGGGAAAAUCCAUCAGCACUGCAGUAUGCCUGUGCUUGGGUUGUGUAGCUGGCUGGUGACACGGGUGGGGCACUGAGCUCGGGAGGAGAUGGCUGGGAAGCCCCAGGUCUUGGCUGGCCUUGGGCUGUGCUGCUGGGCAGGUCGGGGGGGGCUGUCCCCCAGCAGCUCCUGCCCACACCCCCAGAGCUGCUGCUCUGGCUGGAGUACUGGUUAUCUCCUGUGAGAUCCCUUUCUUUUAAUAAAUCUCAUCUUUCCAAAAGAAAUCCUAGAGGUUUUAGUCCAAAAUAUAAUAGGAGACUUAUUUUAAUAACCAGGAAAGGAAAUUUUUUUUUUCCAAGAAAAUACAAAGAGAUUAGCAAUAGGAGCAUCUGAAAAGGGGAAGUUUAGUUGUAAGCUGGUUUUUAAUAUUGAAUGUUUAAAUAUAAAGUACCAUUGCAUUCUAAACAGUGAUAGAAAGAAAAAUUGAAGUAUUCUAAAACAAGAAAUGCAAGCCUCUGCUCUUGUAGAUCAUAUAUUACCAGAACAUUUAAGGUGAAAACCUUAAAAAGCAACUGCAGGAACAGGCAGUAUUAAGUAUUUGCCAGAAGCUGUAAAGUUAUUAGUCUGAAUUCAGGGCUUGAAAUACAGAAUGUGUAUGUUACACUUCUUGCUUAAGCUAAGCGUGUUUCACUAGCCAGGAAAGAACUGUUUUGUUUUGUUAUUGUCCUUCCCAGAAGUGGGGAAGGACAAAAAGGGCAGCUUUUAUUCUGACAUAAAAAAACCUAAAUGUAAAUCAACUUUGGUUUUCAUUGUGUCAGUCCACCUGCAAAGUCUUCUUUGGCCCCAGCACAUCUUUAAUGCGCAGAAGCUCUGUUUGUAGCUGUGUGUGAUGCAGUUAAAAUUGAUCUCUGUACAGAGAGCUGACGAUGAAUACACCAUGGUUUAGAGUUCUGAAUUUCAAGAGCCUUAAAAUCCUUAGAAGUUAAAUAAUUAAAAAGUUAUUACUGCACACAAGUUCAGCAUUCACUACAGCAUCAAAGUGUUCUGAGUUGGCAGCACUCCUUGCUGACUGCUGAGAAGUAACAGCAGGCUACACUGGAGGCAUUUCUUCAGGAAAAAGAAAAGGGGGGUUCAAGAUGUACCUGCUUCCUGGAGAAUGAAAUACGUGGUGUGGGAGUUGGGACUGCACGGCUCCCUCAGGGCAGGUGAGCAGAGGUCCCAUCUCAGAGCUGCAGUCCAGGUGGAAGGAUCACUGGUGAUGGUUUCACUGGUCAGGACAGAGGCUGCACGCGAGGACAGCGGUGUCAGGGGCUUUGAUCCCGGUCACUGCAAAGCCAAGGGAGAAAACGGGAUAACCUAAACAAACGGAAUUUCUUCCACCACAGCUUCCCAGGAUUAUGUGGCACAGUGUCUGGUGGAGUGGACGGGACCUCUGGUCUAAGACCUCAGAGCUAAGAUGUAAGGUCAACCUGCUAAAAAACCCCCAAAGCCUCCCAACACAGAAGUGAUGCUUGUAGGAACACUCACUAUGCAAUUGCCUGUUACUUUGUGUGCUUGAAUUAAAAAGCCACUGGAGAAGAGCCAUCAGCCUGGCACUGCUUGUAAAUCAUACUUAAAAUUCUCUUAUUUUAUUUUUAAAAUCAAAUACUGAGGGUGAUGGACGUUUUCUGCCAUGUCAAGGACACCUUGCUGGGAGGAAAACAAAUAAAUCUGUGUGAAAGGCAGCAUGCACAAGGACCUUUGUGCCAUGUAUAAACUGUGAAAUCGAUUAACAGUUCUGAUAUUAAUACCAGAGUGGUAGUAACAGCUGCCAUCUUCUUUAUGCUAUUAUGCAAGCCAACCACAGAAAUGCAAUGUAAGUAAACAGAAUUUGGUUUUCACUUUAAUCAAAUCAGUUUCCUGGUUAAUUGGGAAGAAAUAGGGUGCUAUAAAUAUUAUGGCUUAAUUCUGCAAGUCCCUUGCAGGAUGAGCUUGUGCAAGCUGAAUUUCAUGGCCCUUCUUGAAUGUUAAAACUAGUGCAGAACACAAAUCCAUUUGGGUUUUUUAUAUAAAUCCCCAAAUCGAUUUAUUAAAUUCACAUUCUAUAAACUUGUCAGACUCACUGAUUGCCACAGUUUGCUGCUGUUUUGGUUCAUUGGACAAGUUAGAAUUUGUACGUGGGGAAGUCCCGUGGGCUGGGGUGGGGCCGCCAGGGCAUGGGCCAGCCCGAUGGAUAAUUCCCUGCCCGACCGAUACCUGCGGGCACAGCUUCAGGGGCAGCCUGCCAGCAGGAGCUGUGCUCGAGCAGAAGGCCUUUGGGACUCGGUGCCUCGCCAAGAGGCUCGUAAGAGAUGUUCAUAAACCGGCAUUAUUUCUGCCAGAAUAUGUACUGUGCUGUAUGCUCAGAGUAUAAAUGUGAGGCGGGUGUUAUGUGUUUAAAGCCAUUAAUGUGAUCCAAUAAAGCGAUUCGCAUGCCAA